UUAUUAUUUGGCCCAUUUUUGGCCCAUUUUUCUGUUUGAGCAAGUUACUGCGGUAGUGUUUGCUUCCGCGAACGACGAGCUCAGAAAUCAGAGGUUUCAUUCGUAGAAAAUGGCUACUAUCUGAUCAGUGGCGAGCUUUAGAGAGCAGACGCAAGCCCACACCGAUGCAUGCCUUUAGACUACUACGAUCGAUUACAACCAGGCCCGUUUACUCGACGUCCCGAGCUCUAUAUGAUGGAAAAUUUGGAGGUUUAAUCGAUACAUGGAUGAAAAGGUUAAAACCUCAAGUGUACAGUUCGCUCUCAAUGUUCAGAAACCGAUUUGGUGUUCGGUCAUGUCAUUGGCAGUUCUCGAAAUUGAAGAAUCGAGGAGGCACUUUUACUUUGUGCAAUGCUGUUGGGUUGUCAGCAUUGCUCGGAUCUCUUAACUCGUGGCCACGUGAUGCGUAUGCUAUGGACGGUAAGAUAGCAUGAGAAAGACACUGUGAGAUUAUCUUGGUUGGUUCGGGUUCUCAAAUUACAAGAUGAAUUUGGUGUUUUGUUGGAUGAUGGUUAUAACUUGGGCUUAUUGGAAAAUCCCAAAACUAAAAAAGACCACCGGGUUUUCUUGGUCCUACUAAAGAAAUUGGUUGUUCCAAUUUUCCUAGUGGUAACUAUUUUCCUGAACUGGGGUCAUCCUCUGAUAAUUGUUGCAAAAGUCACUCUUACUCUUUACGUGACAAAGCCGAGCCCACUCUCAAUUCAUUUCUUCGUCGAAGAGAUGCGAAAUCAAGUCAUCCAAAAUCACCCAUUCAUCUAUAGAUUCAAGUCCCUGCAUGCCAAUAAAGUUGAGGUUGAAGAUUAUGGAAUCUUCUGUUUGGCUAACGUGGAAUUGAAAGAUCAGAAGUUAACUGUUUUUGGAUUUCUUGGAAGCUGGUGGGUUUUGCAUGUAUCUUCACCUGAAGAGGGUUUUUCUGCGCUCAAGUCCAGAUUUAGGAACAUUAUGAGUUGAGGAAAAUAUUGCAGUCCGGGGAGCAGCCGUGGCUAGCAUGAAAAAUAUCGAGCAGUAUGCCUUUCAUUAAAUUGAUGAAAAGUUUCUGUUUUAGCCAUGUUCAGCACUGUCUUUCAUUAACUAUGCUUCAAUACGUACUAUGAUAUUUGUUAUUACUAAAAAUAUCAUGGUUCAGUUGACAUUGAAUCUCAAUGUCAUGCGAUGACAUCGGUUACCAACAGUGCUCUAUUGGACUCGAAAGUGGUUCCCCCUCCCCUAAUUCCCUUGCACCCCACCAUUGUCCCCUAAAUAUUGUAGCAUUUCGACAAAAGGGGACACUCUAAGU